CAAUAUGUUGGACCUGGAUGCAGCAAAGAAACAGACAACAGACAGACUAUGUGAGGAGGCGUGAUUCUUUUCUACAAUGGACUAAAACAGGAACACUGUUGCUGGACAGAAGGAGUGGGCCUCCACCAUCCUGCCAUGGAGGGGUCGACUUCAAGAAAAAAAACAGGAUAUGGACAUCACAGAAAAGAGGCCUCUGUUGGCCACCCGCCGCUGUCCCGUCAGUCCACAGCAGACCAGAGCAGCGAGGAGAGCGUUCAACCCAGGAGGCUGAAUGGUUCCUCAGUGGAGACACCCAGCUACCAGAACCUGCACCGGGAGCUGCUGCUCAGCCAUAAACGGGGCCUGCUGCUGGAGGAGAAACCGGAGCUGAAGCGAGUGUUGGAGCAGCGCAGACUGGAGCUGCACAAGGAAGAGGAGAUGGCCCGACGGGGGCCCUCAGAUCUCGAGACGGAGCUCCGCAAGAGGCAGCAGAAGCUGGAAGAGUACGAGCAGGAGGAGAUCAGGCGGCGGGAGAACCAGCAGAAGAUCCCAGAGUUUGUCCGUGUGAAGGACAACCUGAGGCGAACACAGACGUCUGAGCAGUGAGACCCCGAGGCUCCAAUCAGCCCCUGCAACACCUCACCAUAGUGGCCCUUUAUCUUUGUGUUCACUGUCUGCUAAGUUACAUCUAAAAAAAAAUAUCAUGCACACCGGGAAACGCAUAUUGCACACUUAGAAAUGUCCUCUUAAAACGUUGUCACGGUUCAGUUUCUGAUGAAGGAGUGGAAGUGCUCAUUUUGUAUUCAUAGUUAUGUGGAUCAGUAAUUGUUAAAGCUACAACUGUUGAGAGGGUAUUUUUUAUGUUUUUUAUGGUCAUUGUUAUUAUCUAUUUUUUCAAAUCAACUUCUCGUGCUGGAUUAAAGGAGCAUGAUACUGUUUUUUUGCUUGUCUAGUGGAAGGGCCACAUCAGUCUAACUCUUCACUUUCUAUAAGAUCACCCUGUGAUUGAGAUAUUUCUCUACAGAACUCUCCUGUAUCAACAGAGAUCCCCAGUGUUGCACAUUUGUAUGUUUGUUCACCUGUUUCUGUCAUGACUUUUAGUGUGUCCGUGUGCUGUGGAAAUAAAGGCUCUGUGGUUUGCA